AUGGGGCAAGACGAGCCGUUCAACGAGCUCGCCAAGUGCUUCCUCCACGCCAUGGUGCUGUUCCAUUGCAGGGACUUCACUCUCUACACUUGCUUCGACAAUCUGCCGAUUCCUUUUCCGUCGUCUGAUGGGGUGAGGGAGUACGCCUCGAUGGCUCUGGCGACAUGCAGAAACAUCACCGCCGACGAAACGUCCUCGGCGAUCCCCGGCAUCAUGCUACUCUUCCCUCUUCUAACGGUGCGUGUCCAUUAA